AUGAAUUCUACCGUCGACGUCGACGUCGCCGCGUUCAUCGAGGAGCAAACCAUCUUCGCUGCACAAGAUUAUUGCACCACCGCCACAGCUGCUCUUUUGAUGUGGCACUACCUGCUUACUUUUGACAAGGAGGUUGCGUAUUUCUGGCGGCGCAGGCCGAAUGGCGCGUGCAUGCUCUUCCUAGCGAACCGGUACCUCACCAUUAUCGUCUCCAUAUACGACACGCCUUGGUGGUCGCUCAGUACCGCAUAUACGGUGAGUUCCUUCGUGCUAUUCUACGCAACUGAGUGCUUACUGGGUAUACGGUUUCAGGGAUGCGCCGCAGCCGUCUUCUCCCAGUUCAUACUCGAGUUCUCACAAUACAUCGUAUGGGCCGCGUUUGCGUGUCUCCGGGUAUAUGCGCUCCACAGGCAAUGGCCGUGGGCGGCCCUCGUGCUCAUCCUCUCUCUCGCUCCGGUCGUUGCGAACGUGGUCCCGCUGCGGUUCAUACAGAUCGACCUUGACCCAGUCACGGGCUGUAAUACAUUAGAAAAUAUCCCUGUUUCCCUGUCUCAAAGUUGUGAUAGCUUGGACAUCACGUCCCGGGUCUCUCUGAUCGUCGCGGACCUCAUCGUCAUGGGCGUCACUUGGUCCGUAACGCAUUUCCACCGCCACCAAGGCAGUGUCCUUCGGGUUUACGGUGCUAGGACGACGCUCACGAGCGUCUUGUACAAAAACGGCGGGAUCUACUUCGUGCUGCUGACCACCCUGAACUCGCUCCAUCUCCUGUUCUCCAUGCUCUCGAUCGCACUCGCUAACGUAGCCACAGACCGCGCCAGCUUCGUCGUGCGCUUUAUCGAACCGCUCACCGCGAUACUCAUCACACGCUUCCUCAUCGAGCUGCAAGAGGCAAGCUCUGGGGCAUGCACGUCCGAAGGCGAGGACGCCGCGUCAGUCGGCACGCUCUGCUUCGUGCGCGCGGACGUAGACAGCUGGGUGCGCUCCGAGUGCGCCUCGCUCCCGACUGUCGCCGCAAGUUCCGGAGCUGGAGAAGGGAACGAGAAGGAGAGCGGGGGCGCGCGGUGGGGCGAGGAGUGCAUGGAGGCGCUUGAGGGCGUGAGGCGGAAGCUGAGUAGGGUUGACGAUGACGAGUCGGAGGACUAUGUACUGGUGUGAAGCGUGCGAGAGAAUAGAUGUAGUUUUAGGGGUAAUGC